CAAGACCAUUGAGCUACAGGUGGAGCAGCGUUUGUGUCAGGCUCUAGGAAACUGUGAAGAGAGUAACUACGGAUGCUGCUAUGAUGGCAAAUCUUUUGCUCUUGGUCCCAACAAAGCUGGCUGUGAGCGGUGCCAGAGUGACCUGGUCUUCGUGAUGGACUCCUCGGCCAGUAUCACGCCAGAGAACUACCAGAAACAGAUCCAGUUCAUCGGAGACCUGGCCACGUCGGUAGAAAUCAGCACCAAAGACGUCCUCGUCGGUCUCGUCAUCUUCAGCGACAACGCCAAGAAGAUGUUCGACCUGAAGGACUACACGACACGGCCAGACUUGCUCCAGGCCCUGUUGUCCAUCCCCCAUUUCAAAGGACUGACGGCAACAUCUAAGGCCCUCAACUUGGUUGUUGACUCCUUGAUGUUUUCAACCACCAACGGCGCACGAGUGGGGGUCAACGACACGGUUAUUGUCAUGACAGACGGCAUGUCCCAGGACGGAGCUGCAACAUUGGCCGCUGCCCAGCGUCUCAAGUCUAGCGGAGUGACAGUUCUGGCAGUGGGCAUUGGUCUGGCGUCCACAGCAGAGCUCCAGGCAAUCGCCAGCAGCCCAGACGAUGUGUAUCUGGCACCGACCUUCGACACCCUGCAGGAGCUGCAUAAGAAAAUGUCGUACCGCGUCUGCCGAGGUGCUGGUCUGUCCAGUGUCGGCUGCUCCACCUCACUUUAUGGAUGCUGUAGCGACGGCUUCACGUCUGCUGCUGGUCCCAACAAGCUCGGAUGUGCUGCAGCAACUACAUCAGCACCGACAACAGCAAAGCCCACGACACAAACUACCACCACUAUAAAGACAAUUACUAUGUCACCCACCACUGUAAAGCCCAUGACGAGUGUACCUACUACAACAACACCUACCACAGUAAAACCGUUCGGGAACUGUGUCGGCGCGCCUUGUCAACAGAUUUGUCAGAACACAAACACUGGCUACGCAUGUUCCUGUAGGGCUGGCUACAUCAUCAGUAGCACUGACCCCACCAAGUGUGUAGACAUCAACGAAUGUGCUGUAGCCUUUAACCGCCCGUGUCAGCAAGUGUGUACGAACACACUGGGCAGCUACACGUGCUCGUGUACAUCCGGGUAUGUGGUCAGCUCCACAGAUCCGUCCAAAUGUGUUGUGGGGACUGUACGAAAUGAUUGCAGUUCUUCCCCUUGUCAGCAGACGUGUACAAAUGCAAACACCGGUUAUAGCUGUUCUUGCAUGCCGGGAUAUGCUGUUAGCGCAACUGAUCCAACCAAAUGCCAAGACAUAAAUAAAUGCAACAACCCAACAAAUCCACCAUGUGAGCAGAUAUGUUCCAACACAAUUGGAAGCUUCACUUGCUCAUGUAGAUCAGGAUACACAAUCAGUGCUACAGAUCCCACCAAAUGUGUCGAUAUCAAUGAAUGUGCCAACACAGCCAGUCCUCCGUGUGAACAGAACUGUGUCAACACACCUGGAAGUUUCACCUGCUCGUGUAGGUCAGGGUUCACUACCAGCACCACAGAUCCAACUAAAUGUGUUGAUAUCAAUGAGUGUUUGCGCUCCCCUUGUCCACAAAUCUGUACUAACACCAUUGGGAGCUACAGUUGUUCUUGUCGAAGUGGCUAUGUAUACAGCAAUGGAGCCUGUGUUGAUGUCAAUGAAUGUGCAUCCACUGUCAACCGACCCUGUGAACAAAUUUGUGUGAACACAGCUGGAGGCUACUCAUGUUCCUGUACUGCUGGCUAUGUUGUUAGCGCUACUGAUCCCACAAAAUGUGUUGUACAGACAGUAAGAACAGGUGACUGCAGUACUUCCCCCUGCCAACAAACCUGCACCAACACUGCCACAGGCUACACCUGUUCCUGCAGGACAGGUUUUGCUGUCAGUGCGACCAACUCUUCAGCUUGUCAGGAUAUCAAUGAGUGCAACAGCACCCUUGGCUCACCUUGUGAACAGACCUGCACUAAUACCUUUGGCAAAUUCGUUUGCACCUGUAGGUCUGGCUUCAGUGUUAGUGUGAGUGACCCAACCAGGUGUACAGAUAUCAAUGAGUGUUUGACCUCCCCUUGUCCACAUAUCUGUACCAAUACCAUUGGGAGCUACAGUUGUUCUUGUCGAAGUGGCUAUGUAUACAGCAAUGGAGCCUGUGUUGAUGUCAAUGAAUGUGCAUCCAGCAAAUCUCCUUGUGAACACAACUGUACCAACACUGUUGGUAGUUUCAUUUGUUCCUGUGCCCAUGGUUAUGUUGUUAGCUUGACGGAAACCACACAGUGUGAUAUAAUUGUGCCGUGUAUCACUUUGGCGGACAUCGUCUUCGUGCUGGAUUCAUCAAGUAGUAUUGGUAAAAGCAACUACCAGUUACAGCUUGACUUCACAUCCCGACUGGUCUCUCAGUUCAACGUCAGCGAAGAUGCGACUCAGUUUGGUGCUCUUAUCUUUGGCACUAGUGUCCAGGAGUUGUUUGAUUUGAACACAUUCAGUGACCAGCAGUCCAUUCAACAAGCAAUUUUAGCCGCCCCAUACAUGGGCAGUCAAACCUGGACAAACCUGGCAUUAGAGCAUGUUAUCACAGACGGCAUGUUCAGCACCACCUCAUGUGACAGGCCACAGGCAGUUAAAACUGUGGUCCUUUUAACAAAUGGCAUUUCCAAUGAUCCUAAAAAAACUGAGCAAGCUGCACAAGCAUUGAAAGAUCAAGGCAUCAACAUCAUUGCUGUUGGCAUAGGGUCCGGAGCUUCAAGCACGGAGCUAAAUAAAAUUGCCAGCAGUCCUAGUGAUGUCUACAUGGCUGAGAGCUUUGAGAGCUUAAGCCAAAUUCAGCUUAAACUUGCCCAGAGCCUUUGUUGAUUGAUUUUCUGAAUACAUUGGACUUAGGCCAAACCACAAGAAUAGACAAUCUUUUUUACAGAGUUUUGAUUUUUCUUGUUGGUGUACAAAAUGUAUAGAAAAUAAUCAAAUAAAACCUAUCUUUGAAC